AUGCAGGCGGUAGAGAGAAGGCCCUCGUUACUCUUUGACGAAUAUCAAAAUUCCAUUACUAAGCCUAAUGAGACGAAGAAUAAGAAAGUCGAGGCCUUGUCAGAGAAUGACGGCAAUAUUCCCUCAUUCGUUUUGAAACAAAAGGAUAUAUCAGUCGAUGAUAUGGAUAUGAUUUCUUUGCGUACGGCCUUCGACAGGCAAAUGGUUUUAGGUUCACCGAUGUUUUUCGAGCUUGAGGAUGAAGAAAACAAAAUUGAUCCAGUUCCUUCAAUUUCCCAUCAUUAUGAAAAUAGUGAAAGUGACAGCUUUGUCUCAUCAUACGCACCCUCAAAUUUGAAAAUGGAUGAAGAGACCAAAGACCUUUUCGUUAAUCCGUUUGAAUUAGUUUCUCAAAUGAGAAAAAGGUACAUUGCUGCCUCCAAGCAAGAUGGGGUUUCGAACAUAAAGAAUGACACUGAAAAGUGGUUUUUAUAUCCAAAGCCACUACCUAAGUUUUGGAGAUUUGAAGAUGAUAAGCGAUUCCAAGAUCUCUCUGAUUCUGACUUAAAUGACGAUGGUGACGGUACUGGGACGGGAGCCGCUACACCUCAUCGUCACGGUUACUAUUAUCCAAGUUACUUUACCGAUCACUAUUACUACACGAGCUCUAAUUUGAAGGGAAAAGGCAAGAUGAAAGUACCAUACACCGGUGAGUAUUUUGAUUUAGAGGAUUACAAAAAAAAAUACAUUUUCCAGUUAAGUAAUCAAGAGGAUACGCAAAAUCCACUUUCACCUCAUUAUAGUAAGGAGGAGUCACUGGAGGAAGAGUAUUUAACGGAUGUACCUACGUUUCAAGAAUUUAGAGAUGAUUUUGCAUACAUCAUAGAAUUAAUUCAAUCUCAUAAAUUCAAUGAGGUUUCACGCAAGCGACUAUCUUAUUUAUUGGAUAAAUUCGAACUGUUUCAGUAUCUAAACUCUAAGAAAGAAAUUUUAGCCAACAAAAACGUUCCCUACAGAGAUUUUUAUAACUCUCGCAAGGUAGACAGAGAUCUGUCUUUGAGCGGUUGUAUUUCUCAACGUCAAUUAAGUGAAUAUAUUUGGGAGAAAAUAAACUUUGAACCUGGAAGAAUAGUUUAUCAAGACCCAGAAACGUCAAAAAAACUCACGUUGAGGGAUAUUUUUCAGUUUGGCUGUUCUUCUAAUGACCAACCCAUCGCGAUUGGGUUGAAAUUGAUUGAUGAUGAAUUCCUGGAUUGGUACAGAAAUGUUUACCUAAUUGAUUAUCAUUUAACUCCUGACAAAGUCGCCAAGCUGGCCGGUAAAGAAAUGAGAUUUUAUCUGUUAGCCAAAGUAUUUCUAGAGUUUGAUAAUUUCAUUGAAGGUGAGUACCUAGCAGAGAUUUUCAUAAAAUACGUUAUUCAUAUCCUAGAAAAAUCAAAAUACCAAUUGGCCCAAGUAUCGGUUAAUUUCCAAUUCUAUUCCAAUGGUGAAGAUUGGUACAAGAAAUUUUCGCAAUGGCUGCUACGAUGGAAGCUAGUAUCAUAUAAUAUCCGCUGGAAUAUACAAAUUAUCAGAAUAUUUCCCAAAUUAUUCAAGGAAAAUGUCGUUUCGAAUUUCCAAGAGUUUUUGGAUCUCAUCUUUAAUCCUUUGUUCACUUUGGAAAAGGAGGAGGUAAUAGAUUCGUCUGUGGAUACUGAUACCAUUGGCUUACAGUUUUUUUUAUCAAAUGUGUGUUCUAUGGAUUUGGUCAUUAAAGAGUCGGAUGAAUAUUACUGGAAAGAAUUUACGGAUAUGAAUUGUAAGCCAAAGUUUUGGACCGCACAGGGUGAUAAUCCGACUGUUGCGCAUUACAUGUAUUAUAUUUAUAAGAAUUUAUCGAAAGUGAAUUUUCUGCGAUCACAAAGUCUCCAAAAUACGAUCACUUUAAGGAAUUAUUGUUCUCCGCUAUCCAGCAGAACUUCCCAAUUUGGAGUAGAUUUAUAUUUUACAGAUCAGGUUGAAUCGUUAGUGUGCAACUUGCUGCUUUGUAACGGUGGGCUGCUACAGGUAGAACCGCUUUGGGAUACUGCAUCAAUGAUUCAAUAUUUAUUUUAUCUUUUUCAAGUACCUAUUCUAGCUGCACCUUUAUCUUCUGUAUCGUUGCUGAAUUCGCAAAAAUCGUCCUUUUUAAAGAAUAAAAACGUGCUUCUAGAACAUGAUUACUUGAAGGACCAGGCAACAGCCAAAAUUAACCCUUCUAGAGACAUCACCGUAGGCGAACAAAGGUCAUAUGAGACAAAUCCCUUCAUGAAAAUGUUUAAAAUGGGACUGAAAAUUUCGUUAUCAUCAAAAUCGAUUCUUUACAAUAGUUCCUACACGCUAGAACCUCUCAUUGAAGAAUACAGUGUUGCAGCUAGUAUUUACUUACUGAACCCCACCGAUUUGUGCGAGCUGUCGAGAACAAGUGUGCUAUCUAGUGGAUAUGAGGGUUGGUAUAAGGCUCACUGGAUUGGUGUUGGAAUCAAAAAGACCUCUUACUUUAAGGAGAAUGUGGGUGGAAUAGAUAAUUGGUACGAUACGGCAGAAGACACCUCAAUAAAGCACAAUGUUCCAAUGAUUAGAAGAAGAUAUAGAAGAGAGACAUUGGAUCAGGAGUGGAACUUCGUUCGGGACCACUUUGGAGUAAUUAACUCAAUAUGGUAG